CAUCACACAAAAAGGAUAUGAAAAGAAGAGGUCAAAGUUAAUUGGAGCCUACCUGCCGCAGCCUCCGACAGCAAAUGGAGCUGCCGUGGUUCGGUGUAGACUGCAGCACAGUGAAGGAGCGCCGAGAAGAACGUUCCGCUCUGCUCACAUCGGGGUGUGUGACGUCCGAGAAGCCGCGGCCCGGGAGCGGGCGGCCAGCACCGCGGGGAACCGGCCUCUGUUUUACUUUCGUUUCGGGGUGGACCAAGCUUUGCCGCAGGAACGCCGGCCUCCCGUCACUCCUUCCUCUGCUUCCCGCUACCACCGCCGGCGGUCUUCAGGGUCACGGGAUGAGCGCUAUCGGUCAGAUGUCCACACAGAAGCUGUCCAGGCGGCUCUGGCCAAACACAAAGAGCGGAAGAUGGCGGUGCCUAUGCCUUCGAAACGCAGGUCCCUGGUCGUGCAGACCUCCAUGGAUGCCUAUACCCCUCCAGAUACCUCUUCUGGCUCAGAAGAUGAAGGCUCAGUGCAGGGGGACUCCCAGGGCACCCCCACCUCCAGCCAAGGCAGCAUCAACAUGGAGCACUGGAUCAGCCAGGCCAUCCACGGCUCCACCACAUCCACCACCUCCUCGUCCUCCACGCAGAGCGGGGGCAGCGGGGCCGCCCACAGGCUGGCAGACGUCAUGGCCCAGACCCACAUAGAAAAUCAUUCUGCACCUCCUGACGUAACCACGUACACCUCAGAGCACUCAAUACAGGUGGAGAGACCGCAGGGCUCCACGGGGUCCCGGACAGCACCCAAGUACGGCAACGCUGAGCUCAUGGAGACCGGGGAUGGAGUACCAGUAAGUAGCCGGGUGUCGGCAAAAAUCCAGCAGCUUGUCAAUACCCUCAAACGACCGAAACGACCACCUUUACGAGAAUUCUUUGUCGAUGACUUUGAAGAAUUAUUGGAAGUUCAACAACCAGAUCCAAACCAACCAAAGCCGGAGGGGGCCCAGAUGCUGGCCAUGCGUGGAGAGCAGCUGGGUGUGGUCACGAACUGGCCGCCAUCGCUGGAGGCCGCACUGCAGAGGUGGGGCACCAUCUCACCCAAGGCCCCCUGCCUGACCACCAUGGACACCAACGGGAAGCCCCUCUACAUCCUAACUUACGGCAAGCUGUGGACGAGAAGUAUGAAGGUCGCUUACAGCAUUCUGCACAAACUAGGCACAAAGCAGGAACCCAUGGUGCGGCCUGGAGACAGGGUAGCACUGGUGUUCCCCAACAACGACCCAGCCGCCUUCAUGGUGGCUUUCUACGGCUGCCUGCUGGCGGAAGUGGUCCCUGUGCCCAUCGAGGUGCCGCUCACGAGGAAGGAUGCAGGGAGCCAGCAGAUAGGUUUCUUGCUUGGAAGCUGCGGAGUUACUGUAGCCUUGACUAGUGAUGCUUGCCAUAAAGGACUUCCAAAAAGCCCAACAGGAGAGAUCCCACAGUUUAAAGGUUGGCCAAAGCUGCUGUGGUUUGUCACAGAGUCGAAGCAUCUCUCCAAGCCACCCCGAGACUGGUUCCCUCACAUUAAAGAUGCUAAUAACGACACUGCAUAUAUUGAGUACAAGACAUGUAAGGACGGCAGCGUUCUGGGCGUGACGGUGACGAGGACUGCACUGCUGACCCACUGCCAGGCCCUGACGCAGGCGUGUGGCUACACGGAAGCUGAAACCAUUGUGAAUGUGCUGGACUUCAAGAAGGACGUCGGGCUCUGGCAUGGCAUCCUAACAAGUGUCAUGAACAUGAUGCAUGUGAUCAGCAUCCCAUACUCACUGAUGAAGGUGAAUCCUCUCUCCUGGAUCCAGAAGGUCUGCCAGUACAAAGCCAAAGUGGCGUGUGUGAAAUCGAGGGAUAUGCAUUGGGCAUUAGUAGCACACAGAGAUCAGAGAGACAUCAACCUCUCCUCUCUGCGAAUGCUGAUUGUAGCGGACGGAGCGAACCCCUGGUCUAUUUCUUCUUGCGAUGCAUUUCUCAAUGUCUUCCAAAGUAAAGGCCUUCGACAGGAGGUCAUCUGUCCCUGUGCCAGCUCGCCAGAGGCCCUCACUGUGGCCAUCCGGAGGCCCACAGAUGACAGUAACCAGCCACCAGGCCGGGGCGUCCUCUCCAUGCAUGGGCUGACCUACGGGGUCAUUCGUGUGGACUCGGAAGAGAAGCUCUCGGUGCUCACCGUGCAGGAUGUCGGCCUCGUGAUGCCUGGAGCCAUAAUGUGUUCAGUGAAGCCAGACGGGAUUCCUCAGCUGUGUAGAACAGAUGAGAUCGGGGAGCUGUGUGUGUGUGCAGUUGCGACAGGGACGUCCUACUAUGGCCUCUCUGGCAUGACCAAGAAUACCUUUGAGGUAUUUCCCAUGACGAGCUCUGGGGCUCCGAUCAGCGAAUACCCGUUCAUAAGGACAGGCCUGCUGGGGUUUGUGGGUCCUGGGGGUCUUGUCUUCGUGGUGGGCAAGAUGGAUGGCCUCAUGGUGGUCAGCGGGCGCAGGCACAACGCCGAUGACAUUGUGGCCACCGCGCUGGCCGUGGAGCCCAUGAAGUUUGUCUACAGAGGAAGGAUAGCCGUGUUCUCCGUGACUGUGCUGCAUGACGAGAGGAUCGUGAUAGUGGCUGAGCAGAGGCCCGACUCCACAGAGGAGGACAGCUUCCAGUGGAUGAGCCGCGUGCUGCAGGCAAUUGACAGUAUACAUCAGGUUGGAGUUUAUUGCCUGGCCUUGGUACCAGCAAACACCCUCCCCAAAACCCCGCUUGGUGGCAUCCAUUUGUCAGAAACAAAACAGCUUUUUCUGGAGGGCUCUCUGCACCCCUGCAACGUCCUAAUGUGUCCCCACACCUGCGUCACAAACCUGCCUAAGCCUCGACAGAAGCAGCCAGAAAUCGGCCCCGCCUCUGUGAUGGUGGGGAACCUGGUCUCUGGGAAGAGAAUUGCCCAGGCUAGUGGCCGAGACCUGGGUCAGAUAGAAGACAACGACCAGGCCCGGAAGUUCCUGUUCCUCUCGGAGGUGUUGCAGUGGAGAGCACAGACCACCCCGGACCACGUCCUCUACACACUGCUCAACUGUCGGGGUGCGAUCGCGAACUCGCUGACCUGCGUGCAGCUGCACAAGCGUGCCGAGAAGAUUGCCGUGAUGCUGAUGGAGCGGGGUCACCUGCAGGCCGGUGACCAUGUGGCCUUGGUCUACCCCCCAGGAAUAGACCUGAUCGCAGCAUUUUAUGGCUGCCUGUACGCAGGCUGUGUGCCAAUAACCGUUCGCCCCCCGCACCCACAGAACAUCGCGACGACGCUGCCUACUGUUAAGAUGAUUGUGGAGGUGAGUCGCUCUGCCUGUCUGAUGACAACACAGCUCAUCUGUAAGCUGCUACGGUCCAGGGAGGCGGCAGCAGCUGUGGACGUCAGGACGUGGCCCCUCAUCCUGGACACAGAUGAUUUGCCAAAGAAGCGGCCUGCCCAGAUCUGCAAACCUUGCAACCCAGACACCCUUGCGUAUCUCGACUUCAGCGUGUCCACAACUGGGAUGCUAGCUGGCGUAAAGAUGUCUCAUGCAGCCACCAGUGCCUUCUGCCGUUCCAUUAAGCUGCAGUGUGAACUUUACCCUUCUAGAGAAGUGGCCAUCUGCCUGGACCCCUACUGUGGACUGGGAUUUGUCCUCUGGUGCCUCUGCAGUGUGUAUUCUGGGCACCAGUCCAUCCUGAUCCCACCCUCUGAGCUGGAAACCAACCCUGCCUUGUGGCUUCUUGCCGUGAGUCAGUACAAAGUCCGAGACACAUUUUGCUCCUACUCCGUGAUGGAGCUGUGCACCAAGGGGCUGGGCUCACAAACAGAGUCCCUCAAGGCUCGAGGGCUGGACUUGUCCCGAGUAAGGACCUGUGUGGUUGUGGCAGAAGAGCGGCCUCGGAUCGCACUCACACAGUCGUUCUCAAAGCUGUUUAAGGACCUGGGCCUUCACCCGCGAGCCGUCAGCACCUCGUUUGGCUGCAGGGUGAACCUGGCGAUUUGCUUGCAGCCUCACAGGCUGUGGACCCUGGCCGAGCAGGGGACCUCAGGACCUGACCCAACCACUGUCUACGUGGACAUGAGGGCCCUGAGGCAUGACAGAGUCCGUUUAGUGGAAAGAGGAUCCCCUCAUAGCCUGCCCCUGAUGGAAUCAGGAAAGAUACUUCCAGGGGUUCGGAUUAUAAUUGCCAACCCAGAAACGAAAGGACCACUGGGGGACUCACACCUCGGAGAGAUUUGGGUUCACAGUGCCCACAAUGCCAGUGGUUAUUUCACUAUUUACGGAGACGAAUCCCUCCAGUCAGAUCACUUCAAUUCAAGACUAAGUUUUGGAGACACCCAGACCAUCUGGGCACGCACAGGUUACCUGGGGUUCCUGCGGAGAACUGAGCUCACAGAUGCAAAUGGAGAGCGCCACGAUGCCCUCUACGUGGUUGGGGCCCUGGACGAAGCCAUGGAGCUGCGGGGCAUGCGGUACCACCCAAUCGACAUCGAGACCUCGGUCAUCAGAGCCCAUAAAAGCGUCACGGAAUGUGCUGUGUUUACCUGGACAAAUUUGUUGGUGGUUGUGGUUGAGCUUGAUGGGUCGGAACAAGAAGCUUUGGACCUGGUUCCCUUGGUGACCAAUGUGGUCCUGGAGGAGCACUACCUGAUUGUCGGAGUGGUGGUUGUAGUGGACAUCGGCGUCAUCCCCAUCAACUCCCGUGGGGAGAAGCAGCGCAUGCACCUGCGAGAUGGGUUUUUGGCUGACCAGCUAGACCCCAUCUAUGUGGCCUACAACAUGUAGUCUCACCUCUUGGCUUCCAUGGACUUUUCUAGAGAUGUAAACAUUGUUCUCCGUGUCCACUGAAGCUUGCAGACACAGGGCAAUACUCACCAGAACGCAGCCAUUCUGUGGUGAGAGUGAAGGAGGAAGAGAAGGAGGAAGAGGACUUCUCACAGCAGCCACGAUUGGCAUGGGGGUGAAAUGUGAAUUUACCACUGAAUUUCGCUCAGAAGGACUUUGGAUUACUGCCUUCAGUUCAUUGGAAAAGCCCAUUUCAAAAACUUUCUUUUCUUUUCUUUCUUUUUUAAUUAUUGGAUAAUAAGUGCUUUCUUCGUAAAUGUGGUAUUUUGUUAAGCCGAAAUAGCAAUUAAAAAGUAUCCUGCCCUCUAUUGGGUUCUUUUAAACAGUUUAUGUAGUGUGACAAAGAAUUGUUUUCUCUGUUUUAAUGUGUCAUGAAAUCUUGAUGACAUGGAUCUGUUACUAAUUUAAGCCAUUGCUAGAUCUCAUGCUUUUAGGAAAGUUUGAGGUACGAGACAACCUUCCAAAUAGCACCUUCCAAUUAGAUUUUAGCAGCUUUCUUUGUCAGAAAUGUGCUGAAGAAACAAAGGCUGAUAUAUGGCCUUUGAAGUUAGUAUAGAAUGAGAAGAAAUUAUAAAUAAGGUGUAUUUCGGCAAUUAUCUUGCAAAUAUCUUUGUACUAAACUAAAAAGAUAAAAUAAGUUAACUUCCUCAAUAUGUAAUUAUGUACAAAACGUUUAAUUUAUUUUGAUCUCUUUAGAACUAUAAAAGAGAAAAACAUUCAAGAAUAUUAAAGUCUUGUAAUGUUUGCUAAUAUAAAAAAGUGUUGUAUUAUCUUGCGUGGAUAGUAUCACAACAAAUAUAUAUAUAUGAAAUAUAAAUUCACUAAUGAACAAAGGAGAUUUUAAAGUUGAAGAUGCAGAACUCGUCACUUGCAUGGUGUGCCCCCCGUACUCACACACACUCUGCUGUUGCAGCAGUCACAGAGCGCAGGAGUGCUGUCUCGGUUUCUUCUAGAACCAGAGACCAGCAAGUGAAAUUAUUGCCAUCUCAAGGAUGGUGAAAGAAUUUAAAGCUCAGUGUGCACUAUUUUUUUCUUUGCUGUGGGACAACAGUGAAUGUGUUUAUGCCAGCGUGUGCUGAUGAUACUGAGGGGUUUAGGUUGGCAAAUAGUUUUCUUAGCUGCAAGAAUUCAUUGCACAAUGUUUUUCAUCAUUUUUGUUAGUGUCAUCUUUUUUUGGUCCUUGCUAUGAAAAGGAAUGCGAUUCUGUGGUCAUUUGCACUGGGUUGCAUUGAUUCCCCCUUUGAUGGCCAAUGUGGAGUGGACAGAGUGUCCAGAACUCACAUCGGUGACCGUCCCCUCAUCUUAAGACCUAGCCAGCUCUGUGUGAGCCUCCUGAGCACAGUUCCCGGGGGUUCAUGCCAGAGCUCCGGCUAAAGCAGAAGUCCUCCAGCUGCGUCGUUUGCCGCCUGUGGACGACUGUGCCCUGGUUUCUGCCCUGGCAGCUCCUGGCCACAGCUUCUCAGAGCUCACCUGUGCACUUCUAAAUUGAAUUGGCCCACGGUGUCCAAGAAGGCGCAUCUGCACUCCGAGAAAGAUGUGUUCUGUGACUGCCCCAGUGUGACCUGCAGUGGCUCUCGGUGCUAGAUAUGCAUGACUAAGAUUGAUGCUGGGCAAAAUUUAGAUUAUUUUUCAUUAUGUUGUAGGCAGUUUCUUUGUCUGCCUUUGCUGUAUGCAGUCAGCAGUAAGCCUUUUGCUAAAAGAGUUUUGUUUGACUUCUGAGAUCCAAGGCUGAUUGUUGUAAAAAAAAAAAAAAAAAAAAAAAAAAAGUGGCUCAUAUAAAAAAAUUUGUCUGCGUAUGUGGUGCACCCUUCCAUCUCCACAAACCAUUUGAUUCCUGAAAUAUUGUUUGACCUCAUUGCUGUGUGUGAAUAAUUUUCUCCAUAUGCUUCAGAUACACAUUCCUAGCCUCUGCUUCCUAAGGGGGGAACCACCACACACAGGAAAAAAAAGACAUUUUCUUAACACCCACCCACGCACCCACCCACCUUGUUUAAAGGGAAGUAGGUGUAGGGCUUCAGGUCAGACACUGACUAUGAAACAUUAAUUGCAGUGUGCAGGAAAACGUUGAGGUCCAGCUGAAGUCAGGAAGCAAAACAAAUUUAGAUAUCACUUUAAACAUAAUUUUAACUGUCACCAAAUCAACUCUACAUUCGAGGAGUGUGAACGCUGCAGUGCAGUUGUGAGGGCAGUUAGCAGCAGUCUCUUCUGCAUCCUGUCAACUCUGAUGUUAGAGUUUUGGCUCAAAAGAGUUGGUGGACUGAGAUUGAAAUUUCGUUGUGCAAGAAAAAGGAAAGGAGACAGUACCACCAGUUUCAGCAAUAAAGAAGGGUCAUUCUGUUUUAGAAAUUGUACUGUAGAUAAAUCAUUCAUGAGAAUGUAAAAAAUGUUUGUCUUGUGACCUUGUGCUUUUGAAGUCAGACAAAACUGUGUAAUCAACUUGCACAAAAAGAGGGUACACCGUGAACAUAUAAACACAGACCUAAUCAAACAGGAGCAGAUUCCUCAUGGUGCUUGUUUAUUAUAUAUAUUUAAUCCUGCUUGACACUUUACCCAAGGGAGAUGGUCCCUUUUAUCAGUUGAAUGUUAGCAGCGUUAUUUCAGAGUGUGGUGACUGGUUAGAGAAAUUCAUGUACUCAACCAAUCACGGUUUCAAACAAAAUUUUUAUGUGCAAAGGACAGCAAUCUUCUUGUAUGUUAAACCACCAGUACGCUUUGUACAUCUGUGAUAACGCCUGUUUUAUAUUCAAAUGAACAAAUAAAAGCUUUUAUUUUUGUUGCUCUGAAAAUAGCAGUUUCUUAAUUGGUCCCCUGGAAAGAUGUCUGGGACAGCUUUAAUCCCAAGAAGGAAGUCACUCCUACAGGGAAAUGUAUCUGACUCUGUUUACAUAAUUUGUUGCAUUACUUAGUACAGAUAAUCAUACUUUGAACAAUGUUUAAAUUUUGAUGUGGGCAUUUAUUGCUAAAAAUAAUUCCUAUGGCAACAAAUGUUUUGUGAAAUGUUUUUUUUAAUUCUUUUAAAUAUAUCUAAAUAUAUUUGUUCA